AUGCAAGUUGAACUACUUGGUGAAGGACCAGCUAAGUUUGCUACUGGAAAACAAGUAAUUAAAAGAAAAUUAGACAGUCUAAAACAGUUGUCAAAUAAGAAGCAAAGAACACCAGGAAGGUUCAGAAGUCCAAGGGACACUACUGCUGAUAAAUCAAGUUUUACCUCAAUAGAUUCUGACUUUGAUCCUCUCUAUGUGUCUAGUCCAGGACAGAAGGUUGCUGGAUUUGAGGACAAAUCUCCAAGGAAAUACCAUAAAGAUUUAGGCAGGUCUUCAGGAAGUGGUAAUAAUUCCACAGACAAAAAGAAAAAUGAUAGAGAGGAUAAAGAAAGGCACCGGAGAAGGAGAAGUAAAUCUGUUGAUAAAGAAAAAAGCGACAGAAGUAAAAAAUAUGAUGAAAGAGAUAAAAUAAGACGAUCCUUGCAAACUCGAAGCCCCAAAAGAAAUAGCAAAUAUGAAAGUGAAACAUCUAGUCCAGAUAAAAGGCACAGUAGGUCAGAACAUGUGUCCAAAAGCAAACAAACUCUUGCAAAAUAUGUAGUAAGUGAUGAAAUAGAUAAGGACAGAAAGAAUUUUGAUGAUAGAGAUAGGUUAAGAAGUGAAAGACACAGAGAAAAUGAAAGUGAAAAAAGAAAAAGAAAGAAACAAAGUGAUGAAAAAGUGCAUGAAGAUGACAGCGGUAGAUCUGGUGCGAAAAUUACUUUAAAGCAUAAUGGUGAUGAGAAUGAAGACUAUGUAGUAUCAGGUACAAAAGACUCAGGGAAAGAAACGAAUGUUAAAAUAGAUCUCAGAGAAAAAUUAAGACUGAAAAGGUUGGCAUGUGACAAAAAAUCAGAUUCACUACAGACUAGUGAUAAAGAUCAGCCAUCAUUAACCACCUCCUCAAAAAGAAAUGCACAAGAUCAAGUCAAUGCAUUGCAGUUAAAAACUGUUCAUGAUUUAAAUGUUUUAACUUGCUAUAGCGCAUCUUCCAGUUCUGUUUCCAAUUCUAAAGAAAAUGAGCAUAGAAGAAAGGGAAUAGUAAAAGGAAAAGAGGACUUAAAUGCAGAAAAAGAGUUUCUUGAAAAAUUAAAGAUAUCAAUCAAAAAGAGUGAUAGCUGUGCAAGUAAGACUUCAAAUGAUACGCGUUCAGGCAAGAACAAGAAUAAAGAUAGUAAGGUGAAAAAUGAAAAACAUUUAUCUCGAGACAUUGUAAGUUAUUCAGAUGUGAGCCAUGAAGUUUCUGAUGCUGAAAGCAUCACAGAUGUUGAUAAAACAAUUUCUAGUGAAAAAUAUUUUACAGCUUCAGUACUUUCUAGUCAUAAAUCUGCAUUUGAAACACCGGAUCUAAGUGAAAUGAACGAAACAUUAAAUGAAGAAUCAUGCGGUGUAUUUUCAAAUUCUGAUGUUGAUAUGGAGAGUGAUAACGUAUCUAAAGAUGAUAAUGCUGUCAUGGGCAACAUUGAAAAUACAUCUGUCAACAAGUCAAAUGACACGGAAGUUGAUGCUGAAUCUGUAGAUGAAAACAAAUCAAAAACUAUUCUGCCAAGGAAAAAUGACCACGUAAAUGUUGUUAAUAACGUAGACUCUGAAUUUAACAGGAAGGCAAUUCCAAAUACUGUCAUGAAUAAAGGUGCAAAACAUCAAAACAGUUACAGAGAAAAGGCUGCAAACAUUUCACAAACAGAAAUUUUGGAGAAAGCUUUAACCAGUGCUGUUACGCAGAAUGAUAAAAGAGAAUGUUUUGAACAUGAAGAAACAAUUGUUGAAAAUUCUGUCGAAAGGAAUAGUAGUCCAAGAAAAAAACAUAAAAACGUAGAAGCUGGAAAAAAUGAACUUGUAUGUGUUAAUAUUCUGGACAAAGAAAUUGAAGCAAUGGAAAUACAAUCCACUAUGAAUGAAGACAUUGGUGGAAAUAACUGUAAAUUGCAAGCAGUUGCCAAAAGAAAAACAGAAAGUGAAGUACAUCAAAAAUGUUUGAAUGAUGAGAAAGAAUAUGGUAAUGAAGGUUUUGGUGACACUGUUAAUACUAAUUCUGAAAUGUCAAGCUCGGCAAAAAAGAAAGUGUCACCUGACACUGCCAGAAGGAGAUCAGCAAGGCUUUUGUCUAAAUCAGAAUCCUUACUCGAUACUGGUAAUUUUAGUGUGAAUACUGAUAAUGUCUGUGAUGCUGAAGUUGUAACUCAAAAAAGGUCAGAGGAAAAUGAUUCUGUAAAUAACACUUCAAGUGCUGGUGAAACUGAACCAGAAAUUAGCACAACUGAAAAUAAUUGUGUCAGAAAGUUGCAACGUUCAGACUCGAAGAAGGGAAAAAAGAAGCGAGUACGUAGAUGUGUUACAUCAGAGACUAUUUCAUGUGUAACAUCUGUAUCAGACAGUGCUUCAGACAUUUUCAAUGGUAUCGGUGAUGAAACAGAAGAAUUGAAUAAUAGUACUGAUGAUGCAGAUACAUCAGAAGACACUUUUAGUUCUGAAAGCAGUGGUAAAUUACAGAAUCUUGUGUGCACAGAUGAAAAUUGUACAAUCAGAAUGAGACAUUUACAUCCAAAAUCUGCUGAUAAAAAGUUAAUAUCACCUGUGUUACAGAACGAAAAGCAACCAAGUACAGAUGGAGAAAUAGACAAAAAUUUGAAAGAAGGGGUAUUAUACAAUACACAUUGUGUGGAAAUGGAAAACACUGACUCUGAUAAGUUAGAAAGUGAUUAUGGUAAUGAACUGUUAAAAUCUGUCAAUCUAGACACUGAAUUAAAAAAUAUACAUGCAAGAACUACCAACAAAGCAAGAAAAGGGACAAUAGAACUUACAGCUGAAGAAAGUGCCGGUGGAAGAAGUAUUAGUUCAUCUUCUAGUAUUUCUGGGUCCAGUUCAUCUUCUAGCUCAUCAGGCAGUGGAUCAUCUUCAGGUAGUUCAGACUCAGAAUCAGAAUCAGAAUUCUCAGGCAUGGAACAAGAAAAUAUUGCAGCAAAAGGUAAUACUAAAACUUCAGAAAAUGCUCCUGCAGAAGUUAUUGAAAAUACUGAAACUGGCAAACAUGUAGAAGACAGAAAUAUGGAGUCUGAUAUGCCUGCUGUAACAACUACAGAUAAGAAGCAACACGAAAACGAUAAUAAUUGCAGAAAUUUUACUACUCUACAGACAGUGAAAAUAUGUGAUAAUUUUAAUGCAAAUAAACAAGAGUUGCAACUUGCCAAUGAAGAUAUAAAUCAGUUAGGUACUAAAGAGGAUAAUGUAAAAGAGGGUGAAGUAGAGGAACCAGUUGAAAUGGAUGUUACUUCUGAGCCAGAAAGUAUGGACAUAGGUUGUAACAGGCAUAGUACUGAAUGUGACCAGGGAAAACUUGCAGAUGAACAUGUGUCUAGUAGUCAAGUAAGCUUAGCUAAUGGAAAUGAGGACAUUUCUGGUCAUAAUGUAAGCUCAGCUUUUUUUCCAAAUGAAAAGAAUCAGACUGCUGAAUCAUCUGUCAAAGAGAAUGUUGAAAUUAAUAGACCAGUUGUUACUGACAUUAAGAAUAAAGGGAUUCCAUAUGGAAAUGACACUGAAUUAUCCAAAGAAACUGUAAAAGAAGAUUAUAAAGUCGGAAGUGGUUUGAAAGACAAAAGAGAAUUUGAAAAUAUUCAGAGUUCAACUGUAAAUGGUAGGAAAUGUAACAAUAAUGAGAAAGACAAAACUUCAGAAGUGGUGAAUGAAUUAGCUGCAGAAGAACAGAACGACUUACCCGAUUCUGGAAAUAGUAAAGAUUCAGGAAUGAAAGUGAGUUACAAUAAAAAUGUUACAUCAGAAAAUGAAUCUGAAGGAAGUUUUGGUUCAAAUAUCAUGUCAGAGAGGACUGAUUCUUUGCAGUCAGGAGAUGAAUCAGAAGAUUCAGACGAUUCAUCAGGCAGUUCUUAUACGGGUGAAAGUACAUACUCAACAUCAGAUGAAAGUGGAACUGGCUCCUCUUGGGAAACUUAUAGUUCAGAUUCAGAUUCUGAAGAAGAAGGUGCAAUAAAAGAACAUUUUGUAGAUAAAAAUGGAAUAGGUAACAAAAAUGAAAGUCAAACAAGAGGUUCUCAAAGUGUUGAAGUGAAAUCGGAUACAAUUUGCAUUGAGAAAGAAGAUGUACACAAUAAAGAGAAUUCAUCAAUUGAAAGUAUGUGUGUCAACCAGAAUGAAAAAUUGUCAACAGUUGAAGUUAGACAAGAAAAUGAUUCAAAUAGGGAAAUUCAUCAACAAAAUGAAAUAGUACCAUGCAAUGAAAUGCAAAUGGAAGUUGAUGAAUCUGAGAAAAACAUGAGUCAAGCUACCUGUUCCAUGGAAACAUCUGAUUCCACAAAAUGCAGUAGUAAUCCUACUAUCAGUUCAAGUUCAUUGAAAAAUACAUCAUAUGGACAAGAAAAAGUAACCUCUUUGUCACAGUUAAAGACACCAGAAACUGUAAAAACUACAAAAAAUGUACCAGGACCUUCACCAGACAGGUCUAAUUUAUUACAGUGUUUGUUGAACUGUGUACAGAAGGAGUUUAAAGGUAAAGAGUCUAUGCUUGAUGCAACUGCUGCUGAGCAACAGAAAAUUGAUCCUGAUAUACAUGAAAAUUCCAAAACUACUGAAAGUAGUGAAGUAAGUUGUUCAGCACAUGUUGUAAACAAUAUGGAAAUGGUCAGUGCAAAUUCAGGUGCGAAAACUGAAUCUUGCCAAAUGAUAAACACUGGUUCUGAAAAUUGCUUAGCAAUUGAAAACAAGGAAGAAGUAACAAGUGAGAAAUCAAAGGAAAUUUCUGGUGUAUCUUCAGAUUCAGAUAAAAAAGAACAGGAGGAAAUGAUAGUAGAUACUGAACAUGGAGAAAAUAUCUUUGGUAACAAUUUAUCAGUAUCAUCUGAUGAGUCUGACUCGGGAGAAUCAAGUUCAGGAUCAAAUACACAUCCAACUGAUUGCUCAACUUGUUCAUCUUACUCAGGAUCCUCGACUGAAAGUGGUAGUGACACAGAAAGUGAUGUGGAUUGUAGAAAAGAAAAAGGAAUUACUGAUACUAAUAAAGACCAAAAUGUAGUGAAAGGGAAUAAAGAUGUUGGAAAUUUAAAAUGCCAGGAAGUGACAGUUCAAAGUGAUAUUUCUGAAAUUAAAGAUUGUACUGAAAUGAGUAAUGAAAUUGAAAAAAAUUCGGUGGUCAGAAAUGAGAAAGCAAAUGGAAUUGUGAAUGAUAUAACUGGGGAAACAUUAAGUAUAAAACCUUGCUCAGACAACCCAUAUUGGAUUGCAGAUGAGUUACCAUCAUUUUUACUGCCUGAAGAUUCAUCUGAAAGCGCUAAUGAAAACAAAGGAAAAGAAAGUAAGGAGUUACCAGCAAAGUCAUCACCAGUAACUGAAGGUUCUACGCCAGUUACUCCUGCUGUGAAAUUUACAAAUCUUAGUCCUAAUAAAAAUAAAGGCUUAAGUGCUGAUCAUAAAGCUGUGUCCUGUCUUCAGCCUACCACAGGAAAGAAAACCACUGCUUUAGGAGUUAUUUCCUCAGUAGUACAAGUUGAAAAGCUGCCUAUUGCUGAGUCUAAAAUGAGCAAAACUGCAGAAACAACUGUGCCUAAGUCUGAAGACGUAGGGCAUUCUAAGGAAAUUACUAAAUUUGAAAAUAAAUCAGAAAAUUUGUCUGAUAAUGUGACAAGCAAUUCAAGUCACAAAAGUCAAUCAGUUCCAUUAGAAGGAACAAAGAAAUCUUCAUCAAAGUCAAGUGCAAAGGUGGUGAGGCCAGCAGAAACAAACGGAAGUAAUAAAAAGAAACAGGAAAAUGAUAAAACAUCUAGUGAGUUGGGAGAUAAAGAAAGAAAUGUGAAAUCUAAAGGGCAGCAGAAAAAAGAUAAAAAAGAGGAAAGAGAUAAUUUGACGAGUAGGAAAGUUCAGAAAGAAAAGGCAGAGGAAAACAAAGAAAAGGUUGGAACUAAGGAAAACAAAGAAAAGGCUAAUGCUAAAGGAAAGAAAGAACAAGCUAAGGAAAAGAAAGAACAGGUUACAGAAAACAAACAAAAGGCUAAGGGAAACAAACAAAAGAUUGAGGCUAAGGAAAAGAAAGAAAGGGCUGUGGCUAAGGGAAAAAAUGAACUGGCUAAGACAAAGAAAGAACAGGCUAUGGAAAACAAAGAAAAGGCUAAUGAAAACAAAGAAAAGACUGAAGCUAAGGAAACAAGAGAAAAGAAUGUGACUAAGGAAAACAAAGAAAAGGUUGGGGCUAAGGAAAGUGUUAAUAAUCUGUUAAGGAGAAGUCCUAGAAAAAAGCCGUCACAGUUAUCAGUUGUAGAUUCUAGAACCAAUCAAACUUGUAGAGUUGAAAAGAAGAACACAUCUGAAUCAAUAUCUGAAAGAACAAGUCCAAAGAAAAGAAAAGAUGAUCAGAAAAUGAAUGUCAUGAAGACUAGUAUCAGAAGCAGAGACAAAAAGUUGGUUGAUAAAAAGGGGUAUGCUAGUAAAUCAGAAAGUUAUAUUGACAAACAAAAACAGAUUGAUAAAGAAUGUGUAGUUCUUCUUUGUAGAAGUUCAUCAGAUGUGCAAGAAGAAACUGUUGAUAUAUCAAGGAACAUUUCUUGUAAUAACAAAGAAGUCAAAACAAAUGAAAAUAAACAUGAUGAAAUAGAGACCAGUGUUAAAGUUACGAAGAAAAAUCCAGUUGAAUGUUUGCUUGAAGAAAAAAUAAAGAAAAAUUCAGAAACAGCAUCUGUUGGUAUUAAGAAGACUUCUAAAGGAGAGGGAAGUAAUUCUAAACAGUUGUGUAAAGAGAAAGAUAGUAAUUUAGCUAAGUGUCAUUUCCGUGAUACUACAAGAGAACUGUCAGAAAAAAUAAUGAAAUUGAAAGUUGAGCAGAACAUGCUGAAAAAAGAGCUUGCAGAAAAGCAAAGACGGGAGAAUGAUUCAUUGAAAUUGAAAAUAACAAUACCAAAACCAUAUGAUAUAAGAUCAAGUAAGGAAACUAAAGAAAAUAUGAUGAAGGGCAAAGUUCCUGUUCCAGGUUGUAGUAAGUCUGGAAAAACUCUGCCACUCAGAGUUGCUACAGCAACAAAUGGACAUGAUGAUUUGAAAAGUAAAAGUGGUGUAACAAAGACAGGAGCUUUGAACCGGAAUGAAAAUUUGACAUUUGAAGAAAAGUUGAGUGAUUAUGAAGGACAUUUAAGUAAGUCAAAAUCAGUAAGUAAAAUGGCAAAGAAGAGUGUUGUGGACCCCUCACUGUCUUUAACAGUUCAAACAGCAUCGCUGAAAACAUUCACAAUACCAAAGGUGAUUGGUGAUAGGAACUGUCAUAAUGAAAGAAAAAAGGAUGCUAGAGUUCCGAAAAGUAAAAGUGAGUCAUCGGUACCCAGAAAAACCAGCUCAUACAUGAGCAGUACAAGUGGGAAAAGACAUGUUGAAAGUAAGACUAGUAGCAGUGCAAGAAAUAAAAAUAGCACCUCAAAGUCUGAUACUGGCAAAAGUAAAAUACAGCAAAUGAAACCCAAUAAAAGGUAUAUAAUUAGUGACUCUGAAUCAAGUAUGUCCAACACAGAUAGUGAAAGUGAAUCAGAUUCUGGUAAAUCAGAAGAUAGUGAUGCUAUUGUAAAAGCUAUAUUUGGCAGUAGUGAUUCGUCGGGAAAUAGCAAGAAAUCGGUAACACUUGCUGAUUUACGUCAAACAAGGAGUAGUGAAGACACUGAGGACAUUGUCAAAGACACGUCACAAGACAAUACAAUAAAACCAAAUGGAAAUGAAGGUAUUAACAAGGAUAAAGAAUUUGAAACACACCCUGAUAGUGAAAAGCCAGAGAAAAGCAAGAAUAAGGAUAUAGGAAGGCAAAACUGUAAAACAUCAGUUGAUGGCACUAAAGAAAGCAAAAGUAUCCAAUCACUUCAUAGUAAAUGUUCCGAGAGGAGAGACAAGACAAAAGAUAUCAUUAAAUGCCACAAGAAAGUUAAUACAAAAACAGGUCACUCACUUCAGGAUGAGAAUGUAAAACAAAACCCUAUUAGUAAGAAAUCAGACAAAACAAAAGGGAAAGAAAAAACUGAUUCUUCAAAUAAUGACCAUGGUUUAAGAAAAUCACCAAGAAUCAAAGCUGGGCAAAGUCUUUACAAAAUGCUUUCAAAGAUGAGUGAAAAUCAAGAUUUAAGAGAUAAAUGUAGUGUUCAAGAAUUGAGAAGGUCAUGUAGAACUCCGACAAAGUCGGAGAAGGUAAGAAGCAAUAGUAAAAAUGAAGUUAGAUAUUUUGAAAUAUCAGACAAAAACCCUAUUCUGAGUAAAAUUGUCAGCCCAAAGAAGCCAAAACUUAACAUUCAUAUUGAUAAAGGUUCACACCACUCUAGCAGGAGUGAUAGUAAUUCCAGUGAUCUGAAAAAACAUACACAAAAUAAAACUCAAAAAGAAAACAAGGGAGUUCCGAUUUUACUUUUGGAGGAGAACACAAUGGAUGGUAUAGAUUACCAUGAUGAUGUCACACUUGACAUAGACAUUGGCAAUCAUGCAACUGAAAAUGAUGUAGAGGAAGGAGAACACAGUAAGGAUGAUUCAGGUGGAAACUCUGAUACUGAUCAAAGUGUUGAAGAAGGGGAACUUAGUGAUUCAGAAGAAGAUGAUGAAAUUGACUCUUCGGAACAUAGAAAAACUAGAGAAGUUGUUGAUAAAUCCAUUGAAGUUACACCUGAAAAGCAGAAAAUAACAUCAAAUAAAGACAGUGCAAGUAGAAGUAAAAUCAGUCCAGUAAAAUUUCUGGUAUCACCUGAAAAACAGUCUAGUUAUGAUGGUGAAUCAUCUUGUAAAUGUAGUAAGAGAGACUGCAUUCAUUCACGACUUAAUAUCAGUGACUGGAAAAGAAGGAAAAGAUAUAGAAGUGAUUCUGAUUCAUGUAGUGAUAGCAGUUUAUCCAGGCAAAAAAUCAGAAUUCGGCAUGAGCACACAUCGGUCAGAAAAAGAUCUAGAUCUCAUGAUAGAAUAGAUAGUCCAGAUACAAGGAGACGCGACAAGGCGGACCGAAAAUUACCAGUACGCUCACAUAGAAGAUCACCACCCAGACAAAAACAGCAUUCAAGAUCCAGGUCAGCCUCCCCAUUAAAAAGAAGGCGAAAGAGAUCUAGAUCUCUGUCACCUGCAAAAUCAAGAUUUGUUAGGAAAGAAAGAGAAGUACAGAAAUCAAGACACCGAUACAGAAAUGAAUCAGAUGUUGAGUCCCCAAGGUUAAAUAGAAGAUACAGAACUAGUUCAAAAGAACGUUCACCAAGUACAGGCAGAUCUUAUCAUAGAAGAGAUAGAUCCCGCAGAGGAAGUAGUUCAGGAAGUGCCACAGAUUUUCCAAGAAAGAGAUCCAUUCGGAAAAAAUACCACUCAGAUAAAACUGAUGAAGAUUUGUCCUCUGACAAGUGUAAAGAGAAAGAAACAGAUCAAAAAUGUUUAUCUGAUAACACUUAUGAUGAAAGUAGUGAUGAAGAAAAUGAAAGGUUUUCAAAAUUGAAAUCAGAAAAGUCGAGAGGAAAUCGAAAGGAGAGACAUCCUCAUGAAAAAUCAAAUAGGUCAGAAAGUGGAAGAAUCAGACACAGUGAUAGAAAACAUUCUCAUGUAAGUUCAGGAUAUAAUGAUAGAGGAAGACAUAGGUCAAGAUCAUUGACUCCUGUUCGUAGACGUAAGCGUUUUAGGUCGGAAUCAGGAUCUGAAGUUGAGUCAGACAGAGUUGAAGUUACUGGCAAGAAAAGUGUUGGGAAAAAAUGUGAGAAUACUGAAAGUCCCAGACAUAAAAGAUCAAGAACUGGCAACAGUUGCACAGACAGUUCAAAUGAAAACUUUGAUAAGUCAAGGAAAAGAUAG